AUAAACCAAAUCCAACACCAAUUCCUCCACCCGAAAAUGAUGAUAAUAGACAACCUCCAACAACAAUUAAUACUCCAACUACAACUAUUAAUCUACCAUCCACAACAACAAUUAAUACUCCAACUACAACUAUUAAUCUACUACCCACAAUAACAAUUAAUAUACUUCCAUCAAGACCAACUAAUUUUCCAAAAAUUAUAACAACUGAAACAUCUACAACAACUACAAAUAAACCAACAACUUCAGUAACAACAAAACCUUCUUCUAUGAAACCAACACCUAUAACAACAACUUUAUCAACUCCAAAGAUUAAUUUUAUCAGUUGUCCAAUUUGUAAAAACGAAUUCAAAAAAAAUGAAAUUAACCAACAUUUGAAAGAACAUAUUAAAAAUCCUUUAUCAAAAGAUACUGUUCGUGAUAAAUUAGGAAUAAAAAAACAAUCAAUUGUGUUUGAUAAAAUGAAAAAAUUAGUUAGUAAACUUACAGAUAUUCAAGUUAAAGAACUUAUUGAUAAAAUUCAAAAACUUAUUGAAAAAUAUGAAGAAAAAUUUAUUGAAUAUAUUCUUGAUGAAAUGAAGGAACAAAUCUUAUAUAACUUUGAUAAAAUAAUGAUUGGUGUUAUAGAUGAUAAAAAGCUUUCAACAGAAAUUAAAAAACUUUCAACAUUAGCUGAUUAUUUUUUAGUAUUUAAAAAUGAACUUGAAAAGUUUUUAUCAACAAAAAAAACUGAUAAAUUAUAUAUUUAG